GCCGCACGGCACGGGACGGGACCGCACGCUCCGGGCUCGCGCGCCUCCCCACACGCAGCGCGCGGCGCGGUCACUCGUCUAUGGCGAGUCUCGAGUCUCCCGAAGGGCGCGCAGCCGGAUUCAUUCACUAGACUGAAGUAGCGGGACCGAGUCCAUGUCCCGCGAGCUCCCUUCCUCCGCGCGCUGAGAGAGAGCGAGAGAGAGAGAGAGAGAGAGAGAGAGAGAGAGAGAGCAGAAUGUGGCAGUAUGCUCGUCCCGGGACAGAGGAGAAUUUAAUGUGUCAGGGGAGUCCGAGCAUGAAAAUCCAGCCCGUGAUCUGCGGCGGCGCGAGCGACCUCAGCCCGUGCAAAGCGCGGGAGCAGGAGGCUGAGGCGGAGCGCGCGAGCGGGGUGCAGUCACCCAGCGACGGCAGCAGCCCUGGGGCAGCGGCAGCGCGGAGGCUGUGCUCGCAAGACUGGGAGCCCAGCAGUGGCAGCUACAACCCCUCAUCUGGAACCAGCUACUACAGCUGUGUUAGUCAGAUUACCAUUGGGUUUGACGCUGGGGGUCAGGUGGCCAUUGGGAUCUCUCGUUGGAGGAAUACCGUGCCCUACGAUGGCCAGUCGUUGCCCAGUCCCGAUGAGGUCCGAUCUGAGGGGGCAGUCUUCCUACCUCAGGGCACCCACCCUGACCCAGCGUCUUGCCCCGCUUCUUUGUCCGUCACUCCAGUGCCUUCCUAUAGCAGCAGUCAGGAGACCAUCAGCGAGAGUAGCACAGGUAUAAGUGUCUCUCUACAUGGGGCAGAACUCCAGUGGCAAAGCACCCAGCGACAACGCGUGCCGCAACCUCUGGCCCAGGACUGUGUGGCGGUGGUCAGGAACUUGCCCCUGCCUCCCAUCAGGAAGCCUUUAGCCAUGGAAGAGUCAUCCUGUGGAGAUAUUGCCUCUGGAGCUGCCACUCAACUGGAAGCCUCACCCCCUGGCAAAGAUGUCAACAUUCUGCUGGAGCGAUCAGAGGGAACGAACAGCUUGUCCAAAGAUGAUGACUCACUGCUACACCCAGGAACACAGACCCAGAAUUCAGAGGACCAAAGCCAGCAGGAUUUGACCACUGAGCAGGGUGGCAGGAGCAAGUCUAGCGGCCUGUACUUUAGUGAUGGAAAGUGUCGCAUUGACUACAUCCUCGUCUACAGGAAGUCCAACCCUCAGUCUGAGAAAAGAGAAGUUUUCGAGAGGAAUAUUCGAGCAGAAGGCAUUCACAUGGAAAAGGAGUCUUCCAUCACCAACAGUGACGUGAUCUUUGUCAAACUGCAUGCGCCAUGGGAAGUGCUGUGUCGUUACGCAGAACUUAUGAAUAUCCGGAUGCCUUUCAGAAGGAAAAUCUAUUACCUACAUCGACGGUACAAGUUCAUGAGCAGGAUGGAGAAGAGGAUAACCAGGUUUCGUGGAUGGCUACCUCGCAAGCCCAUGAAGUUUAACAACGACACAUUGCCUGAUCUGGAGGAGAAUGAGAGUUUCACAGCCCCUUUCAGCCAACAGAGGAUACACCAUUUCAUCAUUCACAACAAAGACACCUUCUUCAGUAACGCGACGAGAAGUCGAAUCGUUCAUCAUAUUUUGCAAAGAGUAAAAUAUGAAGAGGGCAAAAAUAAAAUUGGGCUCAACCGUCUCCUAAGCAACAAUUCCUAUGAAGCAGCUUUUCCCCUGCAUGAGGGGACUUACAGGAGUAAGAACUCAAUUCGGACACAUGGCGCAGAGAACCAUCGGCACCUGCUCUACGAGUGCUGGGCCUGGUGGGGAGUGUGGUACAAAUACCAGCCCCUGGACCUUAUACGGAGGUACUUUGGGGAGAAAAUCGGCCUGUAUUUUGCCUGGCUGGGCUGGUAUACGGGCAUGCUCUUCCCGGCGGCCUUGGUGGGGCUGCUGGUGUUCCUGUAUGGCGUCUUCACUUUGGAGCACUGCCAAGUCAGUAAAGAAGUCUGUCAAGCCUCCACAAUUAUAAUGUGUCCCCUUUGUGACAAGUACUGUCCGUACAUGAGACUGUCUGACAGCUGUAUCUAUGCAAAGGUCACACAUCUUUUUGACAAUGGGGCUACAGUAUUUUUUGCUGUAUUUAUGGCUGUUUGGGCAACAGUGUUUUUGGAGUUCUGGAAGAGAAGACGUGCGGUUCUCGCCUAUGACUGGGACCUGAUUGACUGGGAGGAGGAGGAAGAGGAAAUCCGGCCACAGUUUGAGGCCAAAUAUUCGAAGAAGGAGAGGAUGAACCCCAUAUCGGGGAAGCCGGAGCCCUAUCAAGCUUUCACCGACAAGUGCAGUCGCCUUGUGGUGUCAGCAUCAGGGAUCUUCUUCAUGAUCCUAGUGGUGAUUGCAGCUGUGUUUGGUAUCGUGAUCUACCGCGUGGUGACCGUCAGCACUUUCGCUGCCUUUGACUGGGCGUUAAUCAGGAAUAAUUCUCAGGUUGCAACUACAGGCACCGCAGUGUGUAUAAACUUCUGUAUCAUCAUGCUCCUCAAUGUGCUAUAUGAAAAGGUUGCCCUUUUUCUCACUAACCUAGAACAGCCAAGAACAGAGUCGGAGUGGGAAAACAGCUUCACGCUGAAGAUGUUCCUCUUUCAGUUUGUCAACCUCAAUAGCUCCACAUUUUACAUUGCCUUCUUCUUAGGGAGGUUUACUGGCCGACCAGGAGCGUAUCUGCGGCUCAUCAACAGGUGGAAACUGGAGGAGUGCCACCCUAGUGGCUGUCUGAUUGACCUGUGCAUGCAGAUGGGCAUCAUCAUGGUGCUUAAGCAGACGUGGAACAACUUUAUGGAACUGGGCUACCCACUCAUCCAGAACUGGUGGACACAACGGCGGCUGCGGCUGGAGCAUGGGCAGAAAGUGAUGGCUAGCUUCCCCCAGUGGGAGAAGGACUAUAACCUGCAGCCCAUGAACGCCUAUGGGCUGUUUGACGAAUAUCUGGAGAUGAUCUUGCAGUUUGGCUUCACCACCACGUUCGUGGCAGCCUUUCCCUUGGCCCCUCUGUUGGCCUUAUUGAACAACAUCAUUGAAAUCCGACUGGAUGCUUACAAAUUUGUAACUCAGUGGAGACGACCUCUACCAUCACAAGCUAAAGACAUAGGCAUCUGGUAUGGAAUCCUGGAGGGAAUCGGGAUCCUCUCUGUCAUUACAAAUGCCUUUGUCAUUGCUGUGACCUCAGAUUUCAUUCCCCGCUUGGUCUAUGCCUACAAGUACGGUCCUUGUGCAGGACAGGGCCGAGCUGGAGAGAAGUGCAUGGUGGGAUAUGUUAAUGCCAGUUUAUCAGUAUUCCGGGUGUCAGAUUUUGAAAACAAGUCAGAACCCAGAACCGAUGGAACAGAUUUUUUUGGAUCACCAAUACAGUACUGCAGAUACCGAGAUUAUCGGGAGCCACCGGACUCUGAUGAGCCAUAUUCAUACACUCUGCAGUUCUGGCAUGUGCUCGCGGCAAGGCUGGCUUUCAUUAUAGUGUUUGAGCACAUGGUUUUCACCAUAAAAAACCUCAUCGCCUACCUGAUCCCAGACCUGCCAAAGGAUCUUCGUGACCGCAUGCGGCGUGAGAAAUACCUGAUCCAGGAGAUGAUGUAUGAGGCGGAGCUUGAGAGGCUUCAGAAGGAGAGGAAUGAGAAGAAGAAGCAUGACAGGUCCCACCACAAUGAGUGGCCCUGAACGGGGGACAUUGCUGUUGCGUGUGGAGAGCAAGCCAAGGCCACCUCAAAGCAUGAUGGGCCAUCUUCGGUGGCGCGCCUGUGUUCACAACUGUACUGAGGAUGGUCCCCGAGCCACGUGGAAAUCAGCGAUCAUGUAUAUACUAGCACAUCAAGCAUGGUCCAACAUCGUGUGCCGAUUUGUAUUUUAGAAAAGUUAUAUAUAAAUGAACAUUUGACAAUAGUUUGCUACUUUUUGCACAGAUUGCGUUGUCCACAGUUUUACAUUUCUUCAGAAACUGAAUGUAAAUAGAGUAUUGGGGACUUUUACACUUUAUUGUCAGAUAAAGAUUAAACAUAUUAUUCAUUUUGCUGAAUAACAAAUCCCUGUUUACAGUUCCACCAGUUCUUGAUUUUAGCAUCUUAAAAAUGAAGACAUACUGCUUUACUGUAAAUAUAAAGAAGUGAUUGUAAAUCUAUCUUUAGUUGUUUAUUGCUUGUAUAGUGUAAUGCAAUAAUGCAUUCAGAACAUAUAUGCACCUGAACUCUUAGCAGUGGGCCCAGGCUGUGGAAGUCUGAUUCUCAUGGACAAUGGAAUAAUGAUUAUUAUAAUAAUAAAAAUGAUUUAUU